CCCACCCCCCCCAGCAGCAAGAUUCGCAUGAUCAAAAGGCUCCACUUUUGAACAGCAAUCAGUGAGAUAUACUGAUAUACAUAUAUAUAUGUAUGUAUAUGUACAUCUGUAAAACAAAGUUUGUAUUUUUGGUUCUUGUCCAAACCAAUCUCUUUCCUUUCCUUUCCUUGUCUUUUCUCGGAGAAUGAUCGCGCAUGGUUUUCAAGAUCGGAGAUCGGGCCUCAGGGCCCGACACAUAAUAAGCCCAGAUUCUUCUGUGAUUUUCACCGCUGAUUCCAACCAUUUGGCAGGUCAUCAAUUGUCUGAUGAAGUACUGCUGCAAAGUGGUCCAGAUCCAAUUCCAGUUCCAGUUACAAACAAAUCCUCAUUACCACCUAAAGACAGCAGUGAGGAUGAAAGUGUAGCCUCGGAUUCUGCAAGAACCUCAUUCUCUCGAGCCCUCAAAGAGUGUCAAGACAGAAGGUUAUUGAGAUCUGGAUUCAUGAACAAACAAUCCUCUGCAACCCUGUCCGGAAUCAUAGGAUUUCCGAGCCCCGGCACGCCGGAUUAUCAUCGGAACAUCAAUGUUUCUGCGAAAGUGCUGCUGCCUUACAAUAAUGGGAAGGCUUUGCCGUCGAAAUGGGAAGAUGCCGAAAGGUGGAUUAGUAGCCCUGCAUCCAGACAUGGUUCUGCUGUUAGAACUUCUUUCCAACAAAGGCUGUCUAAAUCCAAGAGCGGCCCUCUCGGAGCUCCCGGGGCAACACCAAAUUCUGUUGUCGAUGGUUGCAAGAAAAGUUUGGAUUAUGUUGUAGGAAUCGAGCCUUCCAUCGCGAGGUCAAUUAGCGUACACGGAUGUUCUGUAAUGAUGCGGCGCCAGUCAUCCUUGCCGGUGCAUCAAGAUGAUGAUGUAUCGAGAAAGGACUGUGCGACACAAGUGAGUCCGGGGAGACAGCCAUCGAUCUCUUUACCAAUCGAACCCAUUGUUGAAAUGCAGAGCAUUGAUUCCUCAAAACCUGUAAUCAAGGAUGUUCCCGUCGACGAAAGGGUUACGGUGACAAGGUGGUCGAAAAAGGAUGCUGACUGGAAAAGACAACCUGUGGAGGCUCCGGCAAAGACAAGAAUUUCAAAGAUUCAAAAGGAAGAAGCAAAAAUUUGUGCUUGGGAAAAUCUGCAGAGAGCAAAAGCAGAGGCGGCCUUAAAAAAACUUGAGAGGAAGCUGGAGAAGAAGAGAUCAUCAUCAAUGGAGAAAAUAAUGAACAAACUGAGAUCUGCACAAAAGAAGGCCCAAGAAAUGCGCGGCGCUGUAAUUAAUAUCGACGACGGCGACGAUAAUAAGGCUCGUCAAACUGCAAGAACAUUGGAGAAAGAAUGGUCCUUGCAAAAGACUCGGAUCGGCUGCUUUAUGUGGAAUCCAUUUUAGAGUGUAGACAAGUUUAUAAAUAUUUGAGCUUUUUGUCUGUAUAUCAAAAAGGCCUAAAAACCAUCGAUUCGAUUCUGGUUGAGAUUGAGUUUAAGGUUUAAGUGAA